UCCCCUCCCCCUCGCCCCGCAUCGCCGCCCCCCUCUAUAGAGGGGAGGGGACCAGGCAUUUCAGCAGAGCUCAGCCGGCAGCAGCCGCCUCCGGACUUUCACUCCCAGCUCGCCCCCCUCGCCAGCAUGGACGGGAAAGCCCUGGCGCUGGUCGCUUGCCUGCUGCUCGCUCUCUCCCUCUCGGAGGAGAAACCCGUCAGCCUGACCUACCGAUGCCCCUGCAGGUUCUACGAGAGCAACGUGGCUAAAGCCAACAUCAAGCACCUGAAAAUCCUGACCACCCCAAAUUGCUCGCUGCAGAUUGUAGCAAGGCUGAAGAACAACAGUAAGCAAGUGUGCAUUGAUCCCAAGUUAAAGUGGAUUCAGGAAUAUCUGGAGAAAGCUUUAAACAAGAGGUUCAAGAUGUAAGAGGCAAGCAUUGUAAGCCGUCUACAGGAUUUCUUACUGUAGGACCCAGAGAGCAGAUAACCAGUAUUAGGGAAUGAAUGCAUUUCACUGUUAUCAUGCAGCACAAAGGCAAGGCUUCAUGCAUUUCCAAAGGCUUUUUUUUUUUGCACAAAUUGGCUUGCUUUCACAGUAUGAUUUUAUGGAGUAAUGUGUUUGUUUUUUUAAAAAACAAUCUUUUCGUAGUUUGGUUUAUCAUCUAGCACUGGUGGCAGCGAUGAAUUUAGACUAACCCUACAUUAUAAUAUCGUUUUCCUUGCCUGUAUUAUUUAGCAAUCACUGUUAAGUUCAUGCCAGCAUUCAAGAGUUUUUACCUAGCAGGACAUGAGCUGUGAGGUGCAAUUCGAUCGUGUAAUUCCUAUAUUCCUAUGCUCCCAAUGACUCAGCAUAAAAAGCAAUGCAUUUUCCCAUUCCUGUAACCGGACUUGAGACAGAACACAGGGUAGGAGAGUAACACUGGUGCUGGCCCAAGUCAGCACCAUAGAGCAUGAUUUUGUGAGUGCGUGUGCAGGCAAAUGUUCCCAGAUCCCAGGCAGAGAUGCCUCUGUCUGCUGGUGAAACGAUCUAGUGUCCAGAGCUCCAUUUGCAACAAGGUAUCACCCAGGAGAGACAUCCCACCUCCGGCAACCCCACAGGCCUGUUAUUUCUUCCUUUUGAUUCCCAGCUCUGCAACCACAUAUAAAGAUGUAUAAAAUAUGAAAUGUAGAGGAAAGGUAUCUCAGCGACGGGGCAAUCUCUUUGUUACGCUGUGCACUGAGAAAUGGGGAAAACGUGUCUUGUCCAAACUGCGAGCAGCAAAAUAUCUGUGUGAUGCCCAACAUUGUGGAUUGGGUGGGUUUCUUCAGAAGGAAUCUUCUCCUUUAUGUGGAGUUUGUAUUCUGGGUAUGCAAGGGCUGUUAUACUAAGCACUCUCUUCUGUUGCAAGUAACUUACAUGCCAAAGGACCAUUCUGUCUAUCCCAGGGAUGUCUUAUUUUCCACUUUGGUCACUGUGGCAAACUAAAUAUUCUCCCUACAAAAUGAUCAUGCUAGCGUAUACAGGAUGUGCUUCUGUGGGCACCAUGUGGCCCCAUCAGCGUUGAAGCAGAAACCAAGCAGAAGCUCUGCCUGAAAAUAGUGCUGGUGAUUUGUUUUUUCCGACUCGGUUGGUGCUUUAAUGUCUUGUGCACCCUCUUUUGUAGGCAUUUGGGGAGUAGGGAUCCAGCACCACUGACAUCAGUGGCAGAUUUCAAUCGGAGCAAGAUCAGACUCUCUGUCAUUUGUGUAAAGGCAAAAAGAGCUUACAUGACCAAGAAAACCAUAGACUAGUGCAUCUUCCAUAUUGUGUGUUUUAUUACCUAGGGGCCAGACUCCCUCCUGAUAUAGGCAUCUGCAGUUGCCAGUGACUUGGCUGGAGAGUAUACACCUGCAUCGGAGUCAGGAGUUACCCUCAGGUUUUUAAAGAAGCCCUGGAGAAAAUGCCUAAGAAUUUCUAUUCUAACACAGAAUUAUAACCUUUCUCUCCUACCUGCUGGACAGAGACUCCUCACGGACACUGUCUGAACUGGGCGCCAGCUCAGAUCCUGCUCCCAUUGAAGCCAGUUUAGACUGAAAUCUCACUCUCUGACUCAGGGGUGCAUUUAGCACAACAGCGGCCCUUUAAAACCUGAAACCAUGUUCUGCCUUCCAUGAGGAACCCUUUUAACCAGCCCUCAGUGUGAGGACUGGCAGAGCCAGCUUCAGUGGGUCAGUGCUCAGAGCACGGCAUUUGGCCCUCCCCCAUGCAGUGUAUGUCUACAUUGGAAACUGCACAGCGCUGCCGCAGGAACGCUCCUGCGGCAGCGCUUUCAAGUGCGAGUGUGGUCGUGCGUGAGCACUGGGAGAGAGCUCUCCCAGUGCUCCUGGUAAUCCACCUCCACCAGGGGAUUAUGUCCCAGCACUGGGAGCCUGUCUACACUAGCAUUUUAAAAGCACUCAGACUUGUUGAUUUUUCACCCCCCUGAGCCAGCAAGCUAGAGCGCUAUAAAAUGUAGGAGUAGACAAGCCCUCAGUCUUUCUGCCUUCAGCCAUCAUAACUGGUGCAAACCUUAGUGUAGACAGGACUAACCACUGUAAGCCAUGCAUGGCACCGGUGCAAAUUCCCCCUGCUGAAGACAAAAACAGCCAGCAAGGCUGGUGCAGCAGCACUGAUCACACUGACGAAAGGGCAUUCGUCACUUGGAGGGCUGUCCCAGUCACAUAGGGAAGUAGAUGCUUUGUGGGAAAAUGGAACAUUAAUGACCUAUUUUAUGGGCUAUGAGCAAGUGACUCGCUGGGGUCUCUGAGGGUUCCGUUGUUUGCCCUGUAGUAUUUGCAUCAGAAGUGUUAAUCAGGAAACAGAAAUGACAGAUAGGCAAUUUACACUAGAGCAAUCAAUCCCUGUACAAUUGAAAGCUUCUUGCACUAAUACUUGAAUUGUGCUCCACUUCUAGAUAACACUUAGCCCUGCCAUGAGUGCAGGGGACUGGACUAGAUGACCUCUCAAGGUCCUUUCCAGGCCUAUGAGUCUAUGAUUUUAUGAUUCCUGUGUCCCUCUACGAUGUUAGCAAGUUGCACGGCAUUGGUUUCAUAAAUCUGGUUCCACGGAGAUGGAUCCGUGGUAAGUUUUGCUUUCUACAUUUGGCUGUCGACCAAAGAUAAAUUCAGGGGAAGGAAGCAGGGGCAUACAGGAGUAAUGCCAUGGCUGGCACAUGAAUGUGAAGAGGAAGGGAAACAAAAUAACACUGAAAUGGUGCCGAAAGAGCAUUUUCCACAAAUGUGAAAUGUUCAUGAGUGGCUGUUUUCUAAGUGACAGAUAUAUAAUCCCAGGUUUAAAAACCAGAAAGGAAAGAAAACAUAGUAUUUAUCACUGUGCCAAUACUCAUGUUUAUAUGAGCUUUACAACUGUAGUAGUUUUAGAUGUUGAUGUCUUAUUUGAGUCCUGCUUGAGAAAGUAUGAAGGGUGAAUUUUCAAUGAGUUAUUAACCGGUGUGGUGUUUGAGCAAGGGUGACUGUGGUUGGUCUUUUCCAAUGGAGGCUGUAUUCCGAGUUGAAUGUACACAUUUAAUUGAAUAUGCAGUUCCUAUAUAAUUUCUUGUUGCUAUUUUGCCUUUAUUAGGAUCUUGACAAUCCCCUCUUCUCUGAAAACUUGUACUGAUCUAUGUCAAUUACAGCAUAUAGGCGCUUGACAGUGCUCAUAUCCAAAAUACAAACUUAACCUUUACUAUCAUCCAAUCACAUAAUAGCCCUGUUUGCAAAUCCAGAUCUUCAUUGACCCCAGAGAAGAAGGCAUAUACAUCACCAUUGAAGGGCUGCAUGCAUCCUCCAACCUCUGAUCAUUGAGAAGUCAGUGUUGUAAGAAUGUGGUGAAUACUGUAUUUUGUAUUGUUACUGAGGAAAAAAAACACUUCCCAGAUAAUGUGAAAAAGUUUUUCUGAAAGGCAGCUUUAUGGAAAUAUUAUAUACAUUUGUGCUUUUUAAAAUAAUUCCUUUUCAUAUAGUAUUUUGAAAAUAAACACUUUUUAUAUCAAUAUCAUGUCUUUGUUAAAUGUGUAUGCACUUAUAAUUUUCUUAAUAAAAUUUAUACCCAAAUGAAA